AGAGGUGGUGCUGUGGAAGGUGUCGAGGUUCUCCCGGAGUUGGCACCCGAUGAAGGUGAGAGUCCGCACCUUAGGAGCCUGUGAAGGCGGGACCCCACGGGUCAGUUCUAGCUUCGACAAGGCCCAGGCUAAGGCCAUUACUCGGGAAUCCGACAAACUUAAAAUUUUCUUUGCUUCGGGGGUAGAUCAGCUAGCUGCCUUAAUCGUGGACGAGAGGGUGGAGCUGGAAGAGGAAAUUCGAGCAUUGCGGUCCCUCGCCAUCCUUGCCCGGCUGGAGGUUCUCAAGGCAAACGUAGAGAGAGAAGAGGUCGAGAAGGCCUUCGACAUGGUGUACUCCAGCCGGCAGAAGAAGAAGGAAAAGGAGAAGAUCGCAGAGCUUCGUUGGGAAAAGGCCCUCAUCCGAGACGACUUGGCCAGAUCUCAGGGAGAGGACGAUUAAUGCCUUCGCGAGAUUAAGCUUCUAGAGGAGGAGUGUGACUACUUGCGCGACCUGUGGGACUACAAGGAGGCUGAGCUAGUGGAGCUCCGUAACUCGUGUCGCGACCUUGAAGGCAAGAAGGUGAAGUUGCUCAAGUCGUAUGACUCAGACGUGAGGACCCAUAAUUGGCUACACAAAACGUAUAUGGACCUCACAAGGUCCUGAAAGCUCAAGUCUUCCCAGCUUGAACCUCGGGUUAAACAAGUUUGGGACCUAGAAUCCGAAUUGUUUAUGGUCAUACGAGCUGCAGUCGUGGGAUCAGCAGGUGGAUGCCUUGCAAUCUAGCUUGGAUUUUUCCCUAGAAGAGUUGGCCUCUCACAACCUGCAAGUCAAGGGCCUUUAGAUCUGAGUUGGUUGACUCCCAAAGGGCCACCGCACGUCUUUCGACGCAUAUGGCUGCCGCAAAGAGGGUCCGCAACUAGGCUUGGGCUUACGACUAUAAGGAGGUCUUGGACCUCAAUGACCAUGUGCUGGAGAGUCCUCAUGUCUAUCCAACUAGACAUUGGACCUAAUGUCUCUCCAGCUAGACCGUCGGGCGCUGCACUACGUGAACACUACGGGGAAGGACUUGAUACCCGACGCUUUCUCGGACUCUGAUCCAGAUUCUUAAGUGUUCAUAUAUAUAUUUCAGCUUUUCGUUCUGUUGUGCUCGUGUUUUUUAUUUUUUGCAAACUACUGUCAUUCAAAUGUAUAUUAGAUAUUAAUGAAG